CCCGCAUUCUUUACCCAUCUUUUGACAAGCAGCCCCUCCUCAUUGUGUUUCCCCUCCAUCAUCCCAAAGCCCCUUCUCCCAAAAUUGGGGAUUGUCCCGCGCUGACACUCCCAUCUUUGGCAUUCUUCCAUCUUUUGCCUGCCUGAGUACGACGUAUGUACGCGCUUAGCCAAGAUGAGCGAUUCGAGCACAUCGACCGACUCCAGUGCCUCUCCGGAAAAUCCAGACUACUCCGUAUUCCAGAACUUUUCAGGGGGCGCCAUAGCGGGCAUAGUGAUCGGAAUCGUCGUGGCCAUCACCAUGCUCGCACUCUUGUUGUGGUUCGUCAUCAGGCGUAUUCGACGUCGACAGCGCUCCACACCGCUCGGGUCCAUCGAACGUCGGGCUCGCGAACGAGCGAUAGCUGUGACGCGAGGAAAUAAGAGCGCAUCCACAAGUAAAGGGGGUAGAAUGCUGACCGAGGAGUUGGCCUUGGGUCAUCUCAAGAGUUCCUCCUCCGCUAGCAGGAAUGCAGCAGCUAGAGACUUGGAAUCUGCUAGAGGCAAAAACUUGAGCGCAGGUCAAGCUUACGCUGUAGGAUUGGACGGGAGACCCACUUCUGCUUACACGGCACAAGUAGCCUCCUCCAUGCAUGGAGAUCCGGCAGCCGCGCAAGCCGAGGAGUUUAGGGAUGGCGAACCUUGGCCACCGACGUCGCUCGGCGGAAAGAACAAACGUUCGGCGAGGAGACAGACGCAGGAUCAGCCACCUGGUCAGGGAGCAUGUGCGCACAUGUAGCGUUUGUAUGCGCCUAGAUGCACUGUGUCAGAGUAAUCCAUUUCUCUCUGAUCACCGUACGUUGCUGAAGAUACUGCAUGUCUUCACUGCAUCGACGCUUCGCCACCAAGGGGCUCCAAGCACAAGGUUGAUGGAAUGCAAGAUACUAGUACAGAGAAAAGACGAG